AUGUCCGACGACCGUCGGAGCAACCAGCAGAGCCCUCAGCAGCCUGCUGGGGGCGCAGCGGUCUCGGUGGCGGGCGACGACAUCGGUCUCAGCGUGGACCUCGCCGAGCUCAUGCAGACGGACCCCGUCAAGGCGAAGUGGCAGCUCCAGGUCCACAAGGUAUCCCACUCGUUGGCCCUGACAGGCAGCAAGGCUCUUGGAAGGCAAAGGAACACUCUGAGGCUCUACGCAACCGAAGCGGACCAGAUGGGGCGGAGCGAGGGCGACAGCAUGAGGGAGCACGCCGAUCUCAACCAGGAGAUCGAGAAGCUCAUAUCCGAGAAUGCCUGGUUCACGAUGGCGAGGCCCGCGCUCGACGAGUUGCUCUUCAAGCUCAAGGAGAAGGGCAUCGACUUCCCCACCAAGGCCAAGAACGACUGCGCGGCACGUGCUAUCGCGGACUGGUCGCAGAACACGACAGAGAGUCUGGAGACCCGUGUGGCCAGCCUGCUCGACAUGGUCCAGGCGUGGCCGAAACCUGGGGAGGAGGCGACGUUUGACCCCUUGCAGCCUCGUGUGCGCCACAUGGAUGGCUCGCCGAAGGACCUCAUGGCUACGAUGAUGGAUACGGUGCUGAAGAAGGUGAUCAUACCGCUCCUCAAGGACGGUGCCAGCAGCUUCGACUGCUUGCUGAGGGUGAUCAGGAACAUCAUCACUAUGAUCUCGCAGGCCAGCGACGAGGAGAACCUCGACUUCGAGCCCUACGAGGAGUCGGGGGACACCAUGCUCUCGAUGCUCCGUGGCAUCGCGGUGGUCAUACAGCCUGACAUUGAACAGCAGCGCGAGCUCCAGGCCACCAACAAAGACUUCGACAAGCUUCAAGCGGCCUCUGCGAACCUGCAGCCAGGCGAACUCAGCGUCAUCGCAACGAUGAAGCAGAACGGCCACUACAAGACCCUCCUUGCGGAAUACAUGCGUUGCAAGCCCCACUAUGAUGAUAUCAUGCCCCGCUUGGCUGAGAGCCAGAAGCAGCUGACGGAGCUCGAGAUCACCCGAGGGUUCCAGGACAACAGCCUCAUCGUGCUGAAUGCUUGGAAGACGAAGCUCGGAGCGGAGAAUAAGAUACGCAGUGCCCAACUCAAAAGCAUGUCAGACUGCCUCGAGACCUCUACCAUGGCAGUGCUGACAGAUGCGCUCGACUCCGUCAAGAAGAAUACGCUUCCACAGAAUAUGGCAGCCAACUUGAGGGAGCUGCUCACGACGUGUAAGGAUGCCAAGUUCGAUAUCCCCUUCGCCGACGAGCUCAACGCUUUCGUAGAGGCCGCUUCUAAGAGACAGACGGUGGACAGCCAUACCACCAGCUUCUGCGACGCCAUGGGCUCGUUCAGCUUCACGGCCCCUCGCGACGCCCGCCAGGGGGCUGUAAGCAGCCUGGUCGGGAUGGCCAAGACCUACAUCGACUUCGGCGUGACGACGAAGAACCAGCGCGUCGAGGACGCGAUCUACGCCUUCCUGGGUAACACCAUGCUGCACAUGGGCAAGGACGAGGACUACAACCUCUUGGAGGGCACCUGCAGUUUCAUGAUGAGCCAGUGCCAGCUCUGCUCGAUCCUGCUGGACGUCGUGGGUGAAGUGCGCCACGACAUGGUAGCGACCAAGACGGCCUUGAAUACGCUGAGCGGCCUGCAGUGGGACUUCACCAACGUGUACAACUACAUGAAGCUCGGCGACGACGCCGAAAAGCGCAUCAUGGCCGACAAGAGCUCCGUGGCCCUCAAGCGCUUCGUGGCGGCGAAGGAGGCCAUGCUUCAGGCGAAGGAUGACAUCUUUCCUGCGUUCUUCGGGCGCUGGUGCGACGAGGUGAAUGACAUGGCAGCGCAGGCUAAGGAGCUAGACUGCACUGCGCACGUUGAUAAGUUCGCGAAUGCUGCCGCCAAGCUCGCUCGAGAGUUCGUCUGGGGGUGCGCCUCAGGCAAGUGGUAUGAUGGGCUCUCGACCGACGACCCGUCCAAGUUGCCCGACUACCACGAGCGCGCCAAGACAUCGCUCUACCCGAACUGCUCACCGUCCAAAGCGAAGACCGAGAUCGACAGCUUGAAUCACAGGAUGGAGGCUGCGACCUCCGCCAUGAAGAUGCACCUUGACGUGGACGAGGGUCGCGCGGAGAAGAUGGCGACAGCGGUGGGCGUGCUCAACCGCCUGAGGAUCUCGUACUGCGAAGGGAUGCUGCUCAUCUGCCUUCGCGACUUCGCUGACCAGCCUCUCAAGCUGAAGCGCAACGUCAAAUCGCACAUGUCCUUCCUGCCCGAGCCGCUUCACGGUGAGUUGCCCUUGCCGCUGUCCACGAAAGUCGAGGAGGUCACGCAGGGCAAGAAAUGCCCUCUGGUGGCCCGGCUCGCGGCGGCGAGCGAGGCGCCGAGGGCGGCCGCGGGCGGGCCGCCCCCGGCCGGCGAGCGGGGCGCGGCGGAGGGCGGCGAGCACUGCGCGCGGGUGGAGGCGCUGCUGGUGGAGCUGUGCGGCCAGCUGGAGCUCGGGCAGCGCCGCGCGCAGGAGGCCCUCGCGGAGGCGCGCGCGGGCGGCCCCCGCGCGCCCCCGCGCUCGUCGGGCUGGCCGACGAGUUUCGCCGCGAGCCUCCGCCAGGACGCGCCGGCUUCCGGCGAGGGCCACCCGGCAGCUCCCCCGGGCAGCAGCCAGCCCGGCGAGGACGGCGGCCCGGCGGGGCCGCCGCUGGCCCCGCCGCCGGACCAGAGAAAGCCGUCGGUGGAAUCCGCGACGUGCCUGCCGACACUCAGCGAGGGCCAGCGGGCGCCAUCGCCGCAGCCGUCACCGUCACCGUCACCCAGACGGAAGAGGUCGCCGUCGUCCUUGAUGGCGACGCCGCCGCCGCCAGCGUCGCCUGCGCCCGGGGCCACCAGGGUCGGUUCGCUCGGCUCGGGCAGCAUGCAGAGCAUGAGGUCGGCCGCGUGGUCGCUCUGGGACGGCAGCAACGUCUCGAAGGAGCCGCAGCAGACGCAGGCGGACGCAACUGGCGCCAUCGAUCUGAUCCAGCAGGACCCGAUCAGCAAUUACGACCUCCAGGGUUUCUGGCUCGACUCAGCUCCGACGGCCUCCACUUCUGCCAACUGGAUAGCGAUGCCGUGGUCCGUGCGGAAACUCGCUUGCUUCGGCAGCGACACGUCGCCGGUGCGGCAGCGGGCGAGGAGGCUGGUGUCCAGCACAGGCUACGAGGUGUGCGUGAUGUUGCUGAUAUUCGCCAACUCCGCUUUCCUGGGCUGGCAGGUGGAGUACGAGGCCCACACCCGGAGGAAGCUGCCGCUGACCACCGAGCUGGAGGCCUUUUUCUGCGCUGUGUUCGCCCUGGAGCUGUCGAUCAAGAUAUACGCCAUGGGCUGCAUCUUCUGGACGGGGGGCGACGCAGCUUGGAAUUACUUUGACAUCUCCGUGGUGGUACUGAUGAUCCUGGACUUGAUUGGCAGCCUGACUCAGCGCUUGUCAGGACUGCGCAUCCUGCGCACCCUUCGGGUUGUCCGGUUCCUGAGGGCGGUUAGGCAGCUGAGGGUCUUCUCGCAGCUGCGGAUCAUGAUCCGGUCGAUCAUGUUCUCGUUGCGGCCCUUGCUCUGGGCCGCCCUCGUCCUUGCGGGCAUGGGGCCGGCGGAUUUAUUUGGGCUAAUCUUUACUCAGGCGGUGAUUGACCACCUGCGCGAGCACGACCUGUGGGAAGACAGCUCGAGCGCGGACCUGCGCCACUACUUCGGCACCCUGCACCUCUGUGCGCUCUCGCUGUUUGAGGCGAUGUCCGGGGGCAUCAACUGGGGUGAGCUCUUCGAGGCGCUGUCGCCCCUGAGUCUGAGCGUUCAACUCGUGUUCUUGUUCUUCGUCCUUUUCGCAUGGUGGCGGCUUUGGAACUGCAAAUGUCGUUACUGGGAUUUUUGUGGAGGUAGCCAGCCAUUGGGCGCGCAACGACAGCACCGCGAUAGAGCAGAUGGCUGCGGAGAAGAGGAUUGA